AACUUGAAAUAAGCAAAAAUUGAUUCACUUUAUAGUUACCCCUCCCGAGUGUGAAAGCGUUUCGACCAGUUCAACUAACAUUUCGCGAUGCGUUGUCUCAUUGGUUAAUUUUAACUUAAGAGCCAAUAGUACCCCGACUUUUGGUGUUUAACAAGUCGAACUAUAUUUCAAUGAAAGUUGCAGGAGGGAAAAUCAUCAAACAAGAUGGCGCCAAAGAACGUGGUAACUCCAACUGUAUUUAUAGGUGUUUUUAUUACGUUAGCCAUCCUGUUUCGCAGUCGCAAGAGCUUUUUGUUAAACUCGAUAAACAAAAAUGAAAAUUCUAGUCCAAGUGAUCCAUUAAAAGCGGAGGAAAUCCAAAAACUGCUCAAAGAAGAAAUAGAAGCACUACAGAAGAAGACAAACCGAAGAAAACAACAUUGAUAUGUAGAGACCAUGAUAUGUACCUCAGAAUACUAACAUUAGUAACAUACUAACAUACAAAUACAGAAAGGUGAGAAAGUUAUCUUUAGUGGACCAGUGAUUUUGGGCUAUAUGCUGUAUGCCAUUAAUUUUCAAUUUUGCCACUGCAAUAUUCCUUGGGCUGAGUGGCAAAUGAAUGGCAUACAGCACCAGUUGCAAAACUCUCAGAAGUUUUUGAAUAACCAGGGGUUCGUUCAGUUGCCUCAGACCAACUGACCAAGCCAGUUUAUCAUUUCCACAAUGAAGCAGAACUGUUGUGAUAAAUAUCAAUUUGCACCAUUUGCAGCUUGUUGUUUCAUUUAGAUUAAAUGUCGAAAAAAAUAUAAUGUGUUAAUGAAAACCAUUAACUUCUUUCAUCAUCAUAGUCGAGCUAGUUAACAAGAGGAAUGGAUUAGAAAUGAAUGAAAUGUUUUCUGAUGAUCAUGAAAAGGAAAAAAUAAAACCAGGCUACAAACCAACAUUACAAACAUCAGUUGCUAUUAAAAAAGGCAAAGAAAAUGGGAUGGAAUCAAGAACUGUUACACAGACUAUUUUAGUGAAGGAUUCUCAUCCAGUUCAAUCUAGUUUCCAAUUUAAUGAAGAAGAAGGGAUUUUUGACAAGAAUUGUGAUAAACAUGUCAAAUCUUGCCCAGUUUGUAAACAUACUUUCAUUGAUAUUGAUCCUGAUUUCAGUAACUGUGAUCAAAAUGCUGAAAUAACAAAACACAUUAAUGAUUGCCUGGAUAGUAAAAAUGUUCAAGUAGCAAAAAAAGAAUCCAAUGAAGGCUUUCCUUGUCAAAUUUGUGGAAAAGAUCUUUCUAAAUACAAUACAGCACAACGUCAACAGCAUGUCAAUAGAUGCUGUGAUUAUUUGGAUGAACAAAAACACAAAGAUAAAGAAGACUUCAUAAGCAUUACAUGCUUUAUAUGUGGGAAAAAAUUCAAAACAACUAAGACCCUGCAAACUCAUAUGAAAAAGUGUGCAAAAGAGAACAAUAUUUCUACUAAUGAACUUGUUAAAUUAAAUCGCAUUCAUCAGCCACUAGAACAUUCAAGCAAGGAUAAAACUAAAACUGUUUCUGACCACAGUACUUUAAAAGGAUCGCUUGGUGUAACAAAAAACUGCGGCAAAAGGAAAAGAAAAAAUAAAUUUAACGAAAAUGUUGAUGAUAUUGAACUUACCACGACCUCAAAUCUUACGGACGAAAAAAAGAAGAAAACGUUAGGUCGAAAAAAAAGAUUAAAGAACAACAACGUUGUUUCCCAGGUUCCAGCAUUAUUGUUGCGAGAUAAUGAUGAAACGAAGAGAGUGGUGGCAGCAAGAGCUGCAGCAGUUCUUUAUAACUGGGCUGACGAAGAUGAUGAAAUACAAUGCACGCCUGCUUUAGCUCCAAGUUCAUUAGUUCAAAAUUACUGUAAAGGAUCGAACAUCAACUCAGAUGAAAGACAAGAAGAUUUCUUGAAAAACGCACAAGAUUGUUCUGAGUCAAAUUCUCGUAACAAUGAUGAAAAAUGCCAAUGUCAGCUUGGUGAAUCUGCCGAUUCUCUCUCAAAAAAUAAGGAAAGUGGACCGAGUUUUCUAUACAAUGCACAUACUGAAUAUUUUUCUGUUGAUUCAAGAAGGCGUCUUUGGACACUCUCUUCAGUCCGCGCUAAAGAAAUUCCAAGUGACGACUUUUAUGUGCCAAAUCUCCUGCCAAAAUCUACACCAGUCAAGACAAAGAAACCUAUGAAGCAAGAUAAUGGAAACAACAAACUUGUUGACGAUAUGAACAUGAAUGAAAGCAGAGAUGUUCAUCUUGGUGAGAGAUUUUCUUUCAGACAUGAUGUUCAAUUUAACUAA